AUGAAUGCGAAAACGCCAAAUUAUGAAUUUUUACACAUUGCUUCAGGAGAAUUUGCUUCGGUUUAUGCUGCAUAUCAGAUAAGUACCCCAACAAAAUUUGCAAUUAAAAUAUUUGCCGAAGUUUCUAUGAAAGAAGUUAUUUUGAACGAGAUUCAUUUAAUGGAAAUUAUGAGAAGAAAAGUUGACUUUCAUCCAAAUAUAAUUAGAUUUUAUGGAAUUACGAAAUUUAGAAAUGAAAUAAAUUUUGCGCUUAUUCUUGAAUAUGCGGAUGGCGGAACAUUAGGAGAAUAUUUAAGGAACAACGCUAUAUCUUUUAAAUGGGAACGUCAAUUAGAAUUUGCCAACGACAUCGCGAGUGCUAUUUUAUGGUUACAUGACAAUGGAAUUAUACAUCGUAAUCUUCUUGCAAUUCUUAAUGGUAUAAGGGAAAUUCCUAUUUCAACCACAAAUAGUGUGUUUGUUGAGCUUUAUCAAAGAUGUUGGGAGCAUGAACCAGACGAGAGACCAGAUAUUGAUCAAGUAAUUUCGGAACUUAGCAGUAUUGAUCCUAAAAUUCAUUUUAUCUCUAAAGUAAAUGAUAAAAAUGAAAUCAAGGAUGAUGUCGAUUUUUCAAGUUGUGAGUGGAGAAGACCUUCUGAUGAAAGUCCAAAGUUGGAAAAAAUGGUUAUUGAAAAAUGGAAGUCAGUACUCAAAGAAAUAUAUCGAAACCUUAUUAAUUCAAUGCCUUCACUAAUUUAUGCAGUUAUUUCUGCUAAAGAAGAUCGGUCCGUAUUUCCGCAGCGAUCUACAAAUUUUAUGUAG